GGAACAAAAAAAAACUCUAGUACAAACGAGGAAUGAUAUCUCUUGUCUAGUACAAAAGAAGAAAAAACCCUGUUAUUUAAUUUUUCUGGUUCAUUUUCCUUUUCUUCUUAUUUCUUCUACUUUUCAAUAUGAAAUUCGCGGUCUUUGAUUCUUCAGGUUUUCCACAUUGCAGCAAUGGAGCGGCAAAAGAUUGAUCUGCGCGGCAUUUUCUGCCGCCGGAAGUUCUGGUUCAAGCAGCGAUGUAAACCCAUAUGAGGUGAUUUGUAGCAGUAGUAGUUUUUAUUUUCUGAGAUUUUACUGUUAUUUCUGAAAAUGAUUCUCGAUAGCUUCCCGUCACUUUGCUAUGUGCACGAGCGAGAAUUCUGCGCCUCAGUAAAAGCUAUGAGUUUCGUCAUUGAGUUGAAUGUACUGGUUUAAAGGAUUUAAGGGCUUAAUUGCUUUGGUCAAUAACUGAAGAUUGUAUUUUCUAACUACUAUAUCGUAAGAAGCACAAAAGUUUUAUAAGUGAACUGCUGAAGUAAUGAUUCUUCCCUUCCAUUGGAUUUAAAAUGUGGAGCAAUCCAAGAAAGCCUAGAGAUUGUGAAAAUUACAGAUUACACUCAAGUUUCCUCUUAAAUUUUUAAGAAUUAUGUUGAUGGUUACUGUUUUCUGAUUAAUUUAUAGUUUGAUUUCUUACAUCAAGCUUCAUUCCGCCAACAAUGUUUCUCAUUGUUUUUGAGUUUGACUGCCAUGAUAAUGCAUUAUCUUUCUUUCUGAUUAACUGACACAAUAACGAAGAUUCUCCUACUCUUUUCUUCAAAUUUUCAUAAAAAAUCACUCUUUAUCCAUUUCAAAAGAGUGAUCUUUGUUUUGAUCCGAGUGACUAACUUACAAGACAAAUGUGCUUCAAUUGUGCCUGAUAACAAUAAGGUAAUCUAUCAUUAAGUGUGUUUAUGGUAAUGGUGGUAGACAUUUGUUGUUUAAUAUCUUUAUCAUCUUGUGAAAAUAGCAUGUACCCUUGAUUUAGUCCAUCUCACUGAAAUAUGUAGUAUUGGUCCUAUGAAAAUGCAUCUUUAUGUUAUCCUAUUUCUUCUAUUCAUUUGACCCGCAGGUUUCGAAUGAUAAGCUGCCAGUCAUUCCAUGGGGACCAAGGUAUCUAUUUCCAUUACUUGCCAGACAAUACUUAUGGGAAUUAAUGUUGUUAUGCUUCCAUGAAGUUAGUUCAUUGCUGUUGCUAAAUCUUCAUUAUCCUUAUGAGCAGCAGCUACUCGAUGACCUACGUGCUACUGAUGAUCAGUAGCACAUUGGUCAUCUGAUCAAAUUUCAAUUAUUUGAAACUUCAUGUCAGUCCACAUGUCUAUGAUGGAUGCCUGAAACCUGUGUCCAGAUUUCUGUAGAUCAUCUAUUUGCAUUUCAUGCCAUUGAAUUAAUCAGUUUUGUGCUACUCUUGAUACUCCUGUCUUAUACCUCUGCCUCUGUGGUGAAGAUCUUAUGCUGUACAUUAUUCUGGUUUACCAAAUCUGAGGCCAAAGAUAUUCAAAUCAACAUGGCAAUCUCAACUGUCUUUGAAGAAGGUGGUGGGGAUGAAAGGAGGGUGUUGAGAAUGGUCAAAAGGCUGCUUCGAUCUCUUUCACUGGUUUUUGGCUGUUUAGCUUUUGCCUCUCUGGGCUACACUGGUGUUUUGAAUGUGAUCGAAUAUGCAGCUGGCUUUGUACCUGUUUUCUUGUACAACAACCAGGAAUUGCUUGUAACCGCAUCAUUGGCGCUCAUGCUCUACAUUCUAGCCUCACACUACCGAUGAGCUUCUAUACUUUUGGAUUUGCGGUUGAAGGCGCAUUCACUAGGGCAGCAAAUUAUCGCCAAGCAAUUGAGGAAAACAACAGAUUUCAGUUUUCCGUAUAGGAUUUCAAAUUUUGGAACUUAAACUGUUCUUUAACUUGAGUGAUUACUAAUUCCCCUCCGAGAAACAAAAUAGAUGAGAUGUUCAGACAGAAUAUAUGAAAUGAUAAUAAUUGAAUCAAACUUUGUUGCC